UGCAGGGAAUAUUUAGAAGAAUUUUCUUGGAAUCAUAAGGCUACAAUUGUGGGUGCUGGAAAGACUUGUUUGUUCAUCAAAGCUGACCAGAGUCUUCUAAUUUUAACCAAUGGGAAAGUGUAUAUCGUGCUGUGGGCCAUCAGGUAGUGGCAACAAUGGACAAAAUGGUAACAAUGGUCAUACGUUAGACUCUGUCGGACGUCGUAGUUUGACGAAAACAAUCCCGGCUCCCACCAUACCCAAGGAACCUCUGGACCUGCAUGCUUGGAAAGGAAGUGUGUCCAAUGGCCAAGAAAAACAAAAACCAUCACAUAUAAGGACUAGUAAUGGAAUUGAUACGCAACCUCCCCUUAUACCUAAAGUGGAAUGUUCCGAGGCUAGAAUAAACCAUUUGUUUGAAACUUAUAAAGAUGCUUCAGAAGAUUCCAUUCUCUCUGAAGGGAUGGAGAAGUUUUGCCAGGACUUGGUUGUUGACCCUGAGGAUGUAAUUAUGUUGAUAAUUGCGUGGAAAUUUGAUGCGUCAAUGAUGUGUCGUUUCACACGGAAGGAAUUUCUUUCUGGUUUUAAACUUUUAAAAGUUGAUUCUAUUGAGCGGUUAAAGCAGAAGUUUGCUGAACUUCAGCAGGAAGUGAAAGACGAUUCAAAGUUCAAAGACCUCUACCGGUAUACUUUCAAUUUUGGCCUAGAGUCCGAUAGAGGACAGCGCUCAUUACCGAUAGAAAUUGCGAUACCACUUUGGGAAUUAGUUUUUACGAAUCGUGUACCACCGAUACUUGAUCGUUGGUGCAAUUUUCUAAAACAGAAUGAUGUACGAGGGAUUUCGCGGGAUACUUGGCAAAUGUUUUUGAAUUUCACAGAGGUUAUCGGAGCUGAUCUUAGUAAUUACGAUGAUAACGAGGCAUGGCCUAGUUUGUUUGAUGAUUUUGUGGAGUAUGAAUUAGAGCGCCAGCAAGCAUCUUCAGGUGGACCAAAUGAGAACAACUCAGCUGAUGGGAACCCUCUAGAAUAUUAUUUGUGAAGAGUGGAGUACACAUUCACAAACAACCUAACUAGAAAAUUAUUUUAGUUUAAUGAAGAUAUUGUACUUAAUAGUUGAUACCAAUGUUGAUGUUUAAUUUUAUGUCUGUGUUUUUGUGAAAAACAUUUUAUUUUUGUGUUUUUACGUGCUUAGCAAGGUUUUUAACAAACAAGUUUUUUCCUCCAUUUUUGUUGAGUUUUAAUUGUUUUUAUCAACGUUCAGUUUUAAGUUAACCAUGUGUUUUUCUGUUCUUUUGGGUAAUAAUUACCUCUUUUUGGUUUCCAAUAAUACGCAGCAAUAUGAAAAAUGCCUGGCAUUUGAUAUGAGCUUCAUGUUAUGACUUGAGCUUGAUAAUUUCAUUUAAACAAGUUUAUUAUAUUCAAAUUUAUGUUUUCCACAAGAAAAAUAGGUCAUAAUUAUGGAUUUUUUCAUUAACGAAAUCUCAAGUGUUGUACUAGUUAAUAAUCAUGAUAUGAAUAUUCAUAUAAUUACUUUAAUCAUGAUAUGAAUAUUCAUAUAAUUACUUUACAUUAUGAUUUACUGUAUGACCCACCUGGUUUACUGGUAAUCAGGUGAUAGAAUAAACCUCCCCUUUUUAUUUUAUAGUAAUUUAAAUAUAUUGUUGAUUAUUGUGGAGAUGCAGAUAAAGUCUAUACUGCCCUCAACCAGGAUAAUUUUACUUACAAAGCCUGUCCUCUAUUUGGUCAGUCUGGUACUGAUCAAAAUAGUAACUUUCUGAAGUCUAGGUACUAUGGUAUAUAGCUAAAAGGUUAGAAAAAAUGUAGGAACCACAAUUACUUUAUACUGUGUGCCAAUUGGGAUAGAAUCUGUUUUUAAACAAAUACAAUAAUAAAUAUUGCCAUUUUAGUGGAGAUUUCAAAGUUCAAAACUUUUUAAAUAAUUUAAUUUCAUGAUAGAGAGUGUAUUUCUGUCUCAAAGAUUCAACUGUUGUAAUGGUACAGUAGUGUUAUCUUGCUGAGCAAAUUACUACUUUACCAAAAUAUCCUGAUUAAAUUACUAAGUAAGUGUAUUACUAUUUUUGUAAAAUAUAUAGCUCAGUUCAGACUACCAAAUUUCAUUUGAAAUGUGACAUGCCUUUUAUAUAUGUCAUGACUAUAUAUAGGCAUACAACAGUUUUUUUUUGUUUUUUUUUGUCAAAUAAAAUUAGAUAGUCUGAACACGGCUUAAAGGUUUGACAUUAAGCUCUGGCCAGACUAUCAAAUUUUAUUUGACAGAAUCAUGUGCCAUGCCUAUAUAUGGUCAUGAUAGCAUCACAUCAUGACCAUAUAUAGGCAUAUCAUGACUAGGCAUACAACAGUUUUUUUUGUCAAA